UGUUCUUCCCGGGCCGAUCGAUUGUGCUCUCCGAUUGGUUACGCACCGCCUGCGUCCAACAACAGGCCGUUGCAGGCCAAUCACAACUAGCCCAAGUGCUAAGGGUACCUUUACAUAUGAUUCCAUACGGCUCUCACGUCGUAUUCUUGCGGGCCAUCAGUUCAAUAUUGCAGUGACUGCUCGCAAAGGAUUCGGUUCCCUGGCUCGUCGUCAAGUUGGAAAGCAAUGCUGGAUAAGUGAGCUGGCUCUUAUUAAUACCCCAAGACGUUGCAGCCAGAGUGAGCUUUGUAUCAGACCACGUAUGUAGCGCGCCCAAUUUGUUCCACGUAGAGUUCCCUUCUAGGCUGCGGCAUUGCUUCUUGAGAAACGGCCCCCCUUCCUGUUCCCGUCUCCUUGUCACGACUCACAAGUCACAGGGGAUACUCCAACACAGACGAUGGACGUUUGUCGAAGCCCCCCGCAACAAGCCCCGGAGGCGACCAGCUUUGCCGCGAACAAGCUUUCCGUUCAGUCGUACCGCAGGUCGUGCGACCGCUGCCACGUCCAGAAACUCAAAUGCUCUCGGAACACGCGGUCUCCCACACAGUGUCAUCGUUGCGAGCGGGCUGGACACAAAUGCGUCUACAGCCAGAGGAAUCCCAGACAGUCAGCCAGGGUGAAGGGUAGCGCGUCCUCCGCCGCGCGGGGGGGAGCCGGCCAGUCGCACCAGCUUCCUAUGCCAGCCGGAGGGGACGAUGCGUCAUCCGACAAGUUGUCGCCCGAGUGGCCGGGCACCCUUGAUGGAGAUGCCGUCGACCUUUUGCAGGAAUGGACCUGGCAAGACUUCACGGGGGGCCCUCUAGGGGACUAUCAUGACCUUUUGGGUCAAACACUGUACAGCCCGCAGACGACGUCGACGUCGACGUCGACGCCGCUUUCGGCAAAGGAAGGGAACAACACCGCGACGGUUAGCGAGCAACAAGAUGUCUUUGAGCGUCUGUCCAGCAUAUCAAAGACUCUGGAGGACUAUAUGCACUUUUUGGCCAACCAGUGGGACCAUAAGGAAAUCCAAAACUAUCCCAUUGGCGAGGUUUUCGGCACCUUCCAGGCUUUUCUGACGAUGCUUCAGGUCCAGAGGCCGAUUGAGAACCCUGGCGUGCUGGAGGGCUGCCAGCAUACCAGAACCGUCCUCCUUGCGUCUCAUUGCUACACGGUGUGCGUUAAAAUCAUGGAGGCUCUAGCCGAGACGCUGUGCCAGGACAUGUCCGCCCAGGCCUCGCAGAACGCGCUGCGGCAACCGCCCGGGGACGUCAUCUCCGCCAACGGCGCCGAGGUCGACUUCCUGGUGGGCGAGUCGUUCUCGCACCUGCACCCCCUUGCCAGCUCGUUGGUGUCGGCCUGCACGACUCUGCACACGGGUGUCGGCAUCCUGUGCAAGGUCGAGGUGGAGCUCGGCGUGCCCUGGGGGAACGGCAUCAUGGCCAGAGAGGCGUUGCCUGUCGAGGGCGACGUUGAAACCCUCUUCCCGUCGCAGAAGAGGAAAAGCUCGGCAGCGUUCACGCAGGCGGCUCGUUUCCUCGGUGUGAUGCGGGAGGGGGCAGACAGUGAUUUUGGCUACAUCAGCAAUCUCCAGAACUUCCACCGGCAUCACGCCGGGAUCCUACGUCUGACGAGACAGCAUACCGUCUAUUUCCUGUCCAAGAUUUUAUCGCCACAGACAACCAGGACGUAGCGCAGAACAAUUGCAAGACGUUAACAGCACAUAGAGUAGUAUAGAAUCACAAAACAAAUAUGCCAGAGAGCC